CCCAUACAUACCAUACGCGCACCACCAGCAGCCUCGCCGAGAUCUGCCUGCUACCUUCUUCUCCAUCUAUGGCGCCGCCGACAUUGCCCCGCGCCCUUACAGUCCUCCUCCUCCUCCUCGUCCUCUUCGCCGCCACGGCGCGGUCCGAGGAGGAGACAGCCGAGCCCCCCGCAUCCGCGCCUCUACCCGCCGCCGACUCGCAGCCCGCGCACUCGCCAAUCUCACACCCACCUACCGCCUCCGCCUCCGCCGCCGCAGACGCGCCCUCACCGCGCAAGGCCGCGCCCGUCGCAGCCCCCUCCUCAGACGCGCCCGCCGCCGCCGACGACGACCAAGCGUACACCAAGCCCCCCUCGCCGGCACCGGCACCAGCCGCCGCCGCCGACGACGACCAAGCGCACACCAACUCCCCCUCGCCGGCACCGGCAGCCGACGGCCGAGCGUACAGCAAGUCCCCCUCGCCGGCGCCCGCCGCCGAGCAGAUCAAGGCCGCCAGCGCCAGCGCCACCGCCAACGACCAGGGCGUGGUGGACGCGGACGCGGCCGCGCGCCCCCGCGGGGAAGAGAUGAACGGCGGCGGCAAGGCCGGCGUGGCGCUCGGCGCCGUGGCCGCCGCCGCCGUCCUCGGCCUCGGCGCCUUCGUCUGGCGGAAGCGCCGCGCCAACAUCCGCCGCGCCAGGUACGCCGACUACGCCGCGCGCCUGGAGCUCGUCUGAUCCGCUUGGCUGGCGUCCCCCCUCCCUCCCCACGCUAGCUCCACGGAUCGGAUCGGAUCGGAAUAUCGGAUCAGGAGAUGCUUCCACUGCACCGCUAGGAAGGAGAGUAGCUAGGCCGAGCCUCUGCUCAUAUUAUAUCGCUUCAUUCUUUCGUGACCACGGCAAUGAAUAACAACAAUCCACGCAUACGUAUAUUCGUAUUCAUUCAUACGGAGAUGGAGAUGGGCCAUUUUUGUAAACAUCGUGUACACUAUAAUUAAUUAUGUAUUUGGAGAGUGCUCUAUUGUUACUAGUUA